AGAGUGCUAAAAUGUUCCGACAGAUGUGAGUGAAAUUUAUUGAAAUAAUUUUUAUUUGGCCAUGAACAUUUCAUUCGGAUUGAUAAGAAAUUGUGAUGGUGUCAAAAUACGUUUGUGAAAUUAAGUAUGAACUAACAAUGAGUUGUUUUACAACCAGUAUUCUGGAAAUAUUCAAAAUAGAAAAAAGUUUAUUGAAUUCUUGACCAGGAUAAAAAUACUGAAAUGAGUUGAAAUGAAGAAAACCUACACUCAAACUGAUAUUAACCAAAACCAGGGGCAGGAGCUCUCUAAAAAAUUAUAUCGAUCCAUAAGUGAACAAGCCAAGCGUUUAGAUGACGCACGAAGUUGUGCCCGAAAUAUAGGAGAUUUGUUCACACCAAAUUUACAAGUACAGCGAAAAAAAUUUUGCGAAUACUGCGAAAGAUUAAUAUUUUCUGAUGUUAUAUUAUACGGUCGUAAAGGUGAAGAGCUGUUAUGGAGAAAAAGUUAUUACGACGUGGUUUCGACUGCGAAAAAGUUGAAGAAGAAGGAAUAUCUCCCCAAUGAAAUAACACAUAUACAGGCCCACAUUAACGCUGGCAUUGGGUUUUACCAUCACAUGAUAUCAAGGUUACAAUAUGAAUUCAAUGUGGUUGUAACAAAUGCUGUUGAUUUUCCAAUGUCACAUGAGAAAAAGAAAGAUACAGGUGAUGCCAGGCCGGAAGCACUAGAAUGGUCCAAGCAAUCAAUACACCAAUGCCUCAUAUACUUAGGAGAUCUCAGUAGGUACAAGUUGGAGAUUUACCCCAACUGGGAACCCAGUUUGGCUAUUCGCUACUACUUGCAAGCAAUAUCAUAUAAACCUGACUACGGGAUGCCCCACAACCAAAUGGGUACCCUUGCGAUGAACCAAAACCAUUCCCUAGAAGCCGUUUACUACUACAUGCGAUGCUUAUCUUGUAAAUUCUCAUUCGAAGGUACAACGAACAACUUGCAGAGCUUGUUUGAGAAAAAUUCCAAGUUCAUCGAGCAGUUGCCGGAGGAAGAUAGCAAUUCUGCUUGUAUAAUAGAACCGCAACAACCGGAGAAGAUAAAACGCUUCCUAGCAAGGUUCCUCUUGCUAAUUGACAUCUGGUACUUCAACAAAAAAGUCGCCAAAGUGUACAAUUUGUGCCAUCAGACCUACAAAAAUUUCGAGGAAUGUUUAACCUAUUUGAAGUCAGUGACUAGCGAGUCUGGCGAUACCCCUACCGAUGGUGAUUCCUCAGAAACAGAUUCCUAUUUUCACUUUUUGACCAACGAUAUGAUUUUCAAAAUAGUUGUCAUAUGUUUACUUUGCAUCUCGAAGCUGCGUGCCAUAAAUUCUCCCCAACUCUCUACAGCCAUCGCUUUCACUCUAGCCAUCUACUCCCAGCUAGUGCAGAACGUUACAAACCACAUCCAGGAGGGGGUGCUGAACUACCCUCUCAAUGAAAACGCUAAGCCUAAAGCAGCCAACAAGAUCAUGAAAGAUUUGAUAGUCGGCAGGAAGAGGUCCAGAUCUAAGUUAAGAAGGAGGAAAGCUUUCAAAAAUGAGAGUGAGGAGGAGGAAUCGGAAGUCAGUGAUAAUGAUGAAGAUGGCUUCAGCAGCUCGGAUGAUUCCUUCAUUUCAGAUGACGAGGAUGUUCUAGCUGUUUCCUCUGAUGAUGAAUCUGAUAUCAUAAAGGUAUCUGACGAAUCCAACUGCGGAACUCCAAAACAAUCCCCCCCAAACGGUCUUCAAAACGGCUUCAAACCGCCUGCGAUCGCAAACCCCAGCAAAACGAAAGAGGACGUCCUCCGAAAGGUCCAGCUGAUGGACGUCAACGACAUGAUAGAAAUCAUCACAGAAGAAACCACUUUGCAGAGCAUCAAAAUCCUCAACGAUUGGCUCAGAAACGAUCCGGAAGUCCUUAAAUCUUGUGGUUCGAAUACCGGAACACUCCUGAGACAAAUGACUCACCUUUUAAAUCUGGUCAACAUUAACCUCAGUGGCUCUAAAAUGAUUGGCAUGAAUUUGAGAUCCUCGGAAAUUAUCAACAAAGAGGGGAAGAUACCGUUACCGGAAGACGUUUUGCUCAAAGGCGUCGACAUGCUGAAAGAGACGCACAGCGUUUUGGAUUGGAGUUAUACGAACAAGAAGAGUUUGUGUUCGAAAGAAGAAGCGGUGAUCAGAGUUGUCAAGUUGAUCUCUUUCGGGAAGUUUCUUACUGCCAAUCUGGAGACUGAAGUUGUAUAUGAGGAGGAGAAUAACGCCUUCGUUUGUAAGAUCAAAGAAACGAGUGAGGAUGUAGGAAAGAAAUCUGCUGCAUUAAUGGAAGAGUUGGAACUUCAAGAAACUGAAAAUGGGCCAUUUGACGGUUUAUCGAACUCUGCUAACGGCAUCAAUGACAAUUCAUCUUCUAAAGGAGGGCAACUGACGAAGAUGAAGCACAUGGGUCAGUUAUGGCUGGCGGCCGAGGUGAGAGCGCUCGAAAGCAGAAUGGGUGGCAAAGCGGCUCUUUCGCCUUAUCUAGUGCUCGACGCUGACGCUCUCAUCAAGUACACGUACAUGGUGAAGCAUCUGGUGCAUUCUAGAAAGUUUAUCGUACUGGUUCCCACUGCAGUCGUAUCUGCUUUGGAUGACCUUAAACGAGAACAAAUCGAAGCCAGAGACGCCAUCCGCUGGCUCGAGUCCCAGUUCCACCGAGGGAACAGGUUCUUCCGCGCUCAGAGAGCGCAAGAGCGAGCCCCCAUUCCUUUCAUCAAAUACCCCAAAAGGAAAGACAAGGAGAUGCACGACUACAUCCAGAUCAUCGAGUGCUGCCACUUCCUGGCCGAGCAGCAAAAAGGAGCUUCCAAUGUCGUCACUCUCUUGAUCGGUAACCAGAACGUCUUGUCCAACGGCGAGAACAAAGACUUCAGCUAUGUCGGCUUGGCGCAGUCGGUAGGUAUAGCUAUCGAAUCGAUAACAAGUUUCUAUGGAAAAUGGAAGAAGACAAAGGGCAAGAGGUGAUGAGACAAAUAAGGAUGUUUCGGAUUCGGAUAAGAUUUUGACGAAGCAAGGUCGAAAAUGUUCCAAACGAACCCCCAACAGAGGCCGCGCGCGUGGCUCUGUAUGAAUUUAUUUUAUUACUAAUGAGAAAGUUUUAUCUAUGGGAUUAAUAACUGUAAUAUUUUGGGCAUGAUUUUAUAAUAUUGUUCCUGUGUAGUUGCAUUUUGUAUUAAUUAAUAAACAGACACGUUGAGUACUCAAAG